AUGACUACCAUUACUCCCAAGGUCGAGGCGGCAAUAGCAUCGCUGCGCUCCAGUGGUACUCAGGCCCCAAACACAUCAGGCCCCACCAUUGUGCUGUCCACUGUGUACACGCGUUACACACCGAAGUCCGUCGAGGCUCUCCAAUGGGCGCUCGAGAAGGGCUUCAUAGUCGAUGUUGACAUCGAGACGAACCUUCGAGCGGGCGAGGGCGCCUGGGAAGAUCUUGAAGAGUUCCUGGUGAAGGCCAUCCCGACCUCACACAGGGGCAAGAUAAUCCUCUCCAACAUUUUGCCGGCGCCCGAUGAUAGGGAGUACCUCAGUCAGCGGGUGCGCACGAGGACUCGGAGGAGGGAGAUUGCGGAACUCGCCUCAUAG